CCCGUGGGCAGGGGGGCGUGGGGCUGCUCUCGGCCGCGGCGGCGGGGACGGCGGUGGCGGCAGCGGCGGGGUCCGCGUUGGCCGCCGGCGGGGACCCAGUGCUGCCCCGCCGCGCCCGCCCGCCCCAUCGCACGCUGUUGUCAUGGAGGAGCCAAGAUGGCGGCGCUGGCCUACACCGGGGGCAAGCGGGAGAUCAACUACUACUUCAGCGUGAGGAGCGCCAAGGCGCUGGCGCUGGGCGCCGUCCUGCUCCUCACCGCCUGCCACGCCGCCUCCCGCCGCUACCGAGGUGGUGAUACAUGUGAGUAUCUUCUGUCCAGUGGGAGAUUUCUUGGAGAAAAAGUAUGGCAACCUCACAGUUGUAUGAUGCAUAAGUAUAAAAAUAGUGAAGCAAAAAAUUGCCUCAUAGACAAACAUGUUGUGUUUAUAGGAGAUUCUAGAAUUCGACAGCUGUUCUAUUCAUUCAUAAAACUGAUAAAUCCUCAAGUCAAAGAAGAGGGAAUUAAGCAUGGAAAUAUCCCAUUUGAAGAUAAAUCUGCUUCAAUUAAAGUGGAUUUUCUGUGGUAUCCAGAAGUUAAUGGCUCUAUGAGGCAACGUAUCAAAUCUUGGACUGAGGGUUCUGUGGCAAAACCUCAUAUAAUUGUAGUAGGAGCUGCCACGUGGUCUAUCAAGAUUCACAAUGGCAGCAACGAAGCUCUUGCACAAUAUAAAAUCAAUAUCACUUCAAUUGCACCUCUUUUGGAAAAAUUAGCAAUAAGUAGUGAUGUUUACUGGGUCUUACAAGAUCCUGUUUAUGAAGAUAUGCUGAGUGAAAGUCGGAAAAUGAUCACUAAUGAGAAAAUAGAUGCUUAUAAUGAAGCAGCUGUUCGUAUUCUGAACAGCAGCUCCCGAAAUUCCAAAGCUAAAGUUAAAGUGUUCAGUGUAUCAAAAUUGAUAGCACAAGAAACUAUCAUGAAGUCUGCAGAUGGCCUGCAUCUCCCUGAAUCAAGCAGAGAUACUAAUGCAAUGAUUCUUAUGAAUGUCUACUGCAAUAAAAUAAUGAAGCCCAUUGAUGGCUCCUGCUGCCAGCCUCAGCCUCCUCUCACUCUGAUACAGAAGAUAGCUUUCUGUUUCUUUACUUUGUCCAUUUUUGGAUAUUUAAUUAUCACCUUAAUUCAUCGGAAUAAUUAUCGGAAGAACAAAUCAUGCACUGAUUUGGAAAGUGGAGAGGAGAAGAAACCUGCCAUCAGCACACCUAACGUUUCUACUUUAGAGAUGCUCUUACACUGCUUUUGCAAACUUGGUCUAAUCAUGACCUAUUUUUAUCUGUGUGACAGAGCAAAUCUUUUCAUGAAGGAAAAUAAAUUUUACACACAUUCAUCUUUCUUCAUACCAAUCGUCUAUAUCUUGGUUUUGGGGGUAUUUUAUACUGAAAAUACCAAAGAGACUAAAGUGUUAAAUAGAGAACAGACUGAUGAAUGGAAGGGCUGGAUGCAACUUGUUAUUUUGAUUUAUCAUAUCUCUGGAGCAAGCACUUUUUUGCCUGUGUACAUGCACAUUCGAGUUCUGGUUGCUGCGUAUCUGUUUCAAACAGGUUAUGGGCACUUCUCAUAUUUUUGGCUAAAAGGGGACUUUGGUGUAUACAGAGUGUGUCAGGUUUUAUUUCGUCUCAAUUUCUUGGUUGUGGUACUGUGCAUAGUGAUGGACCGACCUUACCAAUUCUACUAUUUUGUGCCAUUAGUCACUGUCUGGUUUAUGGUCAUUUAUGCCACCUUAGCUGUAUGGCCUCAGAUUGUCCAGAAGAAAGCAAAUGGGAACUGCCUGUGGCACUUUGGUUUACUGCUGAAACUGAUUUGCUUACUGACAUGUAUAUAUUUUCUGUCAUAUUCUCAGGGUGCAUUUGAGAAGAUAUUUUCAUUCUGGCCAUUGUCCAAGUGUUUUGAACUGAAUGGGAAUGUUUAUGAAUGGUGGUUUAGGUGGAAGCUAGAUCGCUACGUGGUUUUUCAUGGGAUGCUCUUUGCUUUUAUUUAUCUGGCAUUGCAGAAGCAACAGAUGAUAUCAGAAGGAAAAGGAGAUCCUCUUUUCUCCCACAGAGUUUCAAAUGUUUUAUUAUUUAUUUCAGUUGUGUCCUUUUUGACCUACUCUAUUUGGGCUAGUAGCUGUAAAAACAAGACAGAGUGCAAUGAGCUACAUCCUUCUGUUUCUGUGGUGCAGAUUUUAGCUUUCAUCCUCAUCAGGAACAUUCCCGGAUAUGUCCGAUCUGUGUAUAGCUCAUUCUUCGCCUGGUUCGGCAAAAUUUCUUUAGAGCUCUUCAUUUGCCAAUACCAUAUUUGGCUGGCAGCAGACACAAAGGGGAUCUUGGUGCUCAUUCCUGGAUAUCCAAUGUUUAAUGUUCUUGUCAGCACUUUCAUAUUUGUGUGCGUGGCACAUGAGAUUUCUCAGAUCACUAAUGAUCUAGCACAGAUUGUGGUUCCUAAAGAUAACUCAACUCUCCUGAAAAGGUUGCUAUGCAUAGUUGGAUUUUUUUGUGGACUACACUUCUUCUCAGCAAUGCAAGAUCAGUCAAGGCAUUAACUUGGAAACUUUCUUCAGGUUUACUUUGUGUCUGCCUGAACAAAAAUUCUCAACUGGAGGUACAAGAAGACAUUUAAAUUAAGCGUGUGGAAAAUGUAUAUAGCGGAAAUGUACAUAUUUUGUGUGGAAAUAGCCUUCUCAAAUAAUCUGAGAAACAAGAGUGCACUGUACAGAAUUGCAUGUGAAAACGAGUCCUUUCUACUGGAUGUUUGUUUCUGUUUACAUAUCUGUUGAAACGAGACGCGAAGCAGUGCAGCGGUCGAGCGGUAUCAUGGGCACAUCACGGGCCUCAGGCGGCGCUGGGCGAGCCCAGGGCGAGGGGCUGCGCUGUUCUGCUGCUGCCACACGGAGCACGCACCGCCCGCCUGCCGGGGAGCGCAGCCAGCAGAGGCAGCACAGCAGAGCCGAGCCUCCGGCAGCGCCGCCGGGCAGCCAGAGCGGGGCAGGGCUCUGAGCAAAGCGGUAACUUGCUGGUUGGAAACAGUGCGGGGUGGAAAUAGUAAUGCACGUUAGAUGAAACCCUGGGCAUGUGGAAGUAGAAAGUAAUCAUCAAUUCAGUGGUUGAAGAUUAUAUACAAGUUUACAUAAUACUUUGUGAGGGGUUUUUUUAGAAAUUUAAGAUGUGCUCAGCAAAUAUGGUGAAUUCUGAGUCGAAAUUUUUUUAUAAAGAGAAUUUGGGUUUUCUUCCUAAAAUUGUUUGUUUUUUCAUAAACUUUUCGCUAAUUCAUUUAACUGUAUGUCGUUCUGUGUACAAUCCCAGUGAACAAAAAAUGAAAAUU